AUGGCCGGUGGGGACUUGGCCUUCCUCGGGGAGAUUAUUUCACCUGAAAUGGACCAAGGGUCCCGCCCUCUCCCUGGUGAGGAGAUUAAUGAUUGACCAUCCAUUUCUGGUCCUUCUGUAAAAGGGGAGAGCGUGACCGCUGGGGUCCGCUUUUCCCGCAGCCAUCGGCAAAGGGUCCAGGUGACGAGGGGGAUCACGCGCAGACCCCAAAGCUUUAUCAUGCGGGGGUUUCCAGUCCUGCUCCUCACUUUGGCGCUAGCCCAGGCUCUCCACAGAGGUCGAGAUUACGAGAAGGACAAGGUGUGUCGAGAAUUCGCCAGCCUGGGGAAAGAUGACUUUCGUUCUUUGUCGAUCGUGAUACACAGCAAGAAGUAUCCCCAGGCCACUUUCUCUGAGGUCAUCGCGUUGGUGAAUGAGAUCGUCUCCCUGACUGAGACUUGCUGCGCUCAAGGGGCCGACUCCGACUGCUAUGACAAAGGGGCCUCGGCCCUGUCCGCCAAAUCCUGCGAGAAAGACUCUCCCUUCCCUCGCCACCCGGACGUGGCCGAGUGCUGCACCAAAGGCGGCCUGGAGCAGAAGCUAUGCUUGGCAGCCCUGAUGCAGUCACCCAAAGAGUUCCCCACCUACGUGGAGCCGUCCAACGACGAGACCUGCGAAGCAUUCAAGAAGGACCCCAAGGGCUUUGCGGAGCAAUUUUUAUAUGAAUAUUCCAGUAGCUAUGGACAAGCGCCACUGCGUCUGCUCCUGGGCUAUACCAAGAGUUACUUGUCCAUGGUGGGAACCUGCUGUUUUUCUCCCAAGCCCAUCCACUGCUUUCUGCACGAGAAGAUGCAGAGUAAACACAUUUCACUACUCACCACGAUGUCAAAUAGGUUGUGCUCUUUCUACGCUGCCUAUGGGCCGAAGAAGUACAAAUACAGAUCGAUCAUCGAAAUUGCUCAGAAAGUCCCAUCAGCCGACUUUAAGGAUGUGGAGAUCCUGACUGAAGAUGGCAUUCAGAUGCUCUCUAAUUGCUGUGAUUCAGACGCGGAGGACUGCAUGUCCAAGGAGUUACCAGAAUACGUGGUGAAAACCUGCGAUCGAUUAUCCACAAAAGAUUCACGAAUCAAGGGCUGUUGUCAAGAAAAUACACCCAUGGACAUCUUCCUGUGCAUUUUUUCCACGCCUCCGGCCAAGCCUCCCAAAAUGGCAGACCUGCCCCGCCCCACCAACGAAGACAUGUGCAGCACGGAAAACCCCAGCGCUCUGGAUAAGUACAUCUUUGAAAUAGGUCAGAGGUAUGCUCACGUUCCCGUGGUAUUCCUGAGCAAAAUCCUGGAUGGGAUUUUGAAAGCUGUCAGUGGCUGCUGUAGUGGCGAAGACCCACACACGUGCCUGAAUGUCAUGAGGUCCCAGAUGAAGCAGGAGAUGGCUGUCUACUUAGCCAAGGAGAAGGAACUGUGUGGAGGUUAUUCCGAGCUCACGUUUACCGAGUACAAGAAAGGGCUGACAGGGAAGUUCAGUCAGCAGAAGCCAGACGCUUCGCCCGAGACCAUCAAGGAACUGGUGGAGCAGAGGGCAACUUUCGCCUCCACCUGCUGCAUUUCCAACGCCCCUCCGCGCUACUGUAGCACCCAGAUUGAAACUGAGGUGGGCCACACAUGUGAAAAGGAGACUUGCCUUCUGCUGUAGACUUGGAGCCCGGGCAGAAAGCAGCUCCCGGCUGCAGGAGGCCACUGGAUCCCACGCCGCGGCCCAUCCGAGCCCACGCCGACAGCUUCGCGGAGGCCCUCCAUCACUGCCGUCCGAUGGAAAGCCAAUAAAUCAUCUCCCCAGGGGAGCUCCACAGCGCGCUGCCA